AUGGCAUGGGAGCAGUUGAUUGACGCGGUGUGGAUUCCACCCACCCACCAGGUGAGCAAGGGUAAGGUGAUCACGCAAUCCGGGACCACGUGGGCACCGUGGGUGGAGGAAGAGGAGGAAGAGGAGGAGGAGGAGGAGGAGAAGGAGGAGGAGGAGGAGGAGGAGGAGGAGAAGGAGGAGGAAGAGGAGGAGGAGGAGGAGAAGGAGGAAGAAGAGGAGGAAAGAGACACUAUAUCGAUUGAUUCGUUAUUUAUAGACAGCAACGAACCUGAUUUUUUCAAUGAUAGGAGUGACGGGAUAGAGAAGACGAUAGAGGAGACGGCUAUAGGGAGAAUAGUUGAUAUAGAUACCAUAUUUGAUAUUAAGCGCCCCCCAGAGAAUAAAGAGGAAGCCAGCAACAUUACUAUGCUGUUAUUGAGCUCUAUAGAGCAGGUGUGUUUGGAUUUUUAUAUCAAAUUGUUGAAUCAGUAUAUUACUUAA